GUUUUCUAACACGGUCUCUGAUUGGUCGGAUGUUUAGGCUUCGUCCAAUCAUAAACCUGUUUUUAUCUUAGGUUACAGACAGAUCCAACAUGGUGCACUUAGAAAACGAAGCCUUUCUGAGCGAGCUGACGAGACUGUUCCAGAAAUCGCGCACAGCUGGGGCCGUCUACAUCACCAUGAAGCAAUAUAAUGGACAGACCAAACCCGAAACAACCAAGCCAAAGACAGAGGUAACCACAGAUCCAGUGGAGCACAUGUGUUUAAUAAGGGCCACCAGGGGCAACAAGAAAAUCACUACACUGAUUAAGGCAAAGGACAUCAACAAAUUUCAAAUGGCAUAUUCCAACAUCAUCAAAGCAAACAUGGACGGGCUGAAGAAACGUGACAGGAAGGCCAAGUCCAAAAAGGCCAAGGCCACCCAGUGAUGACAAUCAAACUUCGUAGUCUUAGAUAAUACAGGGUUCUUAAUCCUCGUCCUGCUGUACAACCCUGUAACCAAUACUAGUGUGUUCCAAAAAGCAGUUAUUCAAGCCACUGGAUGUUUCAGACACCAUCCAAUGUCUUUCGUCAGUGACAUCGGAGAUAUCUUGUUUGAGGGAGUUUUUAUAUCCUAUUCUGAAUUCAUAUGCAAAGGAUGUCUAGUUGGAGAACAGGUUUAUUCUAACUAAUAUGCAGAAGGGGAGGAAGACACCGGAUGUUUUUCUGAAACGUCUGUUUCCAAAAUCAUAUCCAGUUGUUAAAGUAACUGCUUUUUGGCGUAUCUUAUUGGAUGUCUAAUCUUCAUAGACGUACAAUACUACUAGUGUGUUCCA